AGGUGGACGUCAAAGAGACCUCGGCAAGAGACACUGCUGACGCUAGAGGGAGAGGACCGCAGCGCUCCCCCACACGUCUACAGACAGAAAUUCAGGAGGUUUCUGUCGUUCAAUAAUGAUGCCAGUAAUAUCAGAGUGGAGAUGGUGUUUGCAGUGCCGUUCCUUCAGAUCCCGAUAGGAGGUAAGACCGUCGAAGGACCUUACGGAAAUGGAGUCACUCCUGUAGUGGACAUCAACGCCAAAUCUCUCCUGACCGCAAGUGUGCUGUUGUUCAUGCUCUUCUUCGUCGUUCCUAAACUCGUUCGAGUCUUCGUUCCAACAUUUCCCGAGGGAAGAGGGCUAGAAGAGUCAGAGGUGAGUCGAGUGAUGCGAGGUGUAGAGUCAGCGUUCCACGUCAACUCAACAGCUUGUUGGCAGCAAGGGGUGUGUUCUCUGGUACAACACAGUAGACAGAGUGGUACCUCUACCAACUGGGCUAAAAUUGUUGAUGGUAUUUCUAAUUUGGGAUGGGUGGAGAGACUUACUUCAGGAUCGGCCUUGGGGGAGGCUAUGACAUCAGCUAAAGGAGAAGAUGGCUGCAGCACAUUCUACUCCCAAUGUCCCCUCAACUCUGAGAAGUUAGCUACCUUCGCCAAGGAGCUGGCCCGACGCUAUAUGAAACACCUCAUCCAGCUUUCCAACAAGGGUAACAAACAAGAGUUGUAACAGUGGUGAAAUUAUGGAGAAUUUUUAGUUUCAUGAAAAUCAUAGAACGCUUAAUGUAGUGUGUAAUCCUGACUGUGUCUAUGAAUCUAAACAAAAGUCUAAAAGCAGCAAACACUUAAACUCUCUCUCAAUUGGUAAACCAAAGCAAUUAUUGUUGUUACUGCUUAGUAACACUUAGUCUGAACCAUCUCUCUUCGAGAACAUAAGAAUGAUGUAUUUAUGUGAUUACAUAGUUUGUUUUAUCAAUCUGAUAGAGGGUGGCCCUUCCUGUUCAGUUUAAAGUAACCUUUUCUACUGAAUACAUCAAAUUAUUACAGUGCAAUACUCUAUUGAACAUUUUAAACUUAUUUUUUAAUCCAAUUGUUUUACAAAGUGACUUUAACAGUACUACUUAUUAACCCUUAAGAUUUGGAUGGUGAAGUAGAUAUGAGCUACCGUACUUAUUGUUUCCUUGGCACCAGAGAUAACUAUGUAACUCCUCCUAGUUAUAAUUGCUUUGUAUAAAAUGGUAUUUUUCAUAUUGAAUCUUAUUAUGAAUUGAAUAUGAAUACAAACAGGUAUAAACAUGAUGACUGAUGUUCAAAAUUAGUAUAAAACUAUUUAUAAACAUAAAAAUAAAUAUUAAAUGCAAUCAGAAAAAUAACCUUAUCCAAACUGUUAUGUUUGUAGCUUGCAUUUUUAAUUUGUUUACUUCCAUUGUGGUUAUAGAAAUCAAGUUCUUCAAAACAUAUAUAUUGUAAAGUAAAAAAUAUAAUUGAUUUAAGUACUGCAAAACAUUUCAUAAAUAUAACAAAAUAUCACAUUUUAAUAAAACAUCUACUUAUUCAAAAACUACAAUUGUGUAUAAAUCUAUCAACCAAUUUUAUAGACAUUUUUGACUGUCAGUGGAGGAAUAUAAAUCACCAGAAAGUCAAGCUAUUUAUAACCAGUUAAUCAUUAAGAAGACAUUUGCAUAAUUGUUUAAAUUUGAAAAAAUUGCCAAGAGCAAACAAGCAUUUUAAUUAUUGAUUCUUUUAGAAAAGUUGGACAGAACCCUGUUAAGAAUUAAAUAUAAUAAUUUAACAAUUAGAUGCUCAUAUUGCUAAAUCCAUUUGGUUCAAAUGUCGCACUUGAUAAACAACCAUGUUAUUGAUUUCACCAGCAAACAUCCGACAGGGAUAAACUUUCCACAGGUUUAUACACAUGUUUUAACUGAAUCUGAACUAAGUAGGUAUACCACAAAACUGGUGAAUUCAUCUGGAUAAUUCAGCAGAUUUUCAGGAGUGGUAAACAUCACUGAGUUCAUUUUAAGAAGCUGGUGCACGUGUUUCAUAGCCUACUUAUUAAAGUAACCUUACUUUAAGUAUGGUUAUGUCCAGUAAUAUAAUAUGAUGGUUGAAAGAGUCAAGCUCUCGGUGACAAAGGCUUUAGGGGUUGCAGAUUUGAGUAAGACACAUUUCCCAGCCCACUGUGACCUAUAAAGGCUCAUAUACUAAAAACUUCCUCUUCUUUCAUGAUGGCAAUGGCUAAAGUUGCCAAGACACUGCUCAGUCAUCAAUAUCCCAUGAUUUCUGUUUUAUUAAAUCUUAGCAGAAAGGAAGUAAGAUCCUCCUAUUUAUUAUAAAUAACUUCUUCUGAAUGAAGGAAAACGAGUUUUCCUUCUCAAUCUUUUACCAUUAAAAAUAACUUCAAAUAAAGAAUUUCUUCAAUUGUUCCAAAAAGACUUUAAUCCUUUCAAAAAUAGAAAUUCCCUAUAAAAACCAUAUAGUCCUCCUAUCCCCCCCCCCAAUUAAACUUCAUGCAUUUGAUUUGUAUAUUACCUAUUUUUAUAUGAAUUUAACUACAACUUCUGGCUUAUU